AUUCCACAAUGUGACAUUUCCGGAAAGUCCUUCUGUUAAAACGCACGUGAGAACGGUUGACAUUGUGCGAUACAUUGGAGGACGGCCGAGCUGCACUUAGCUUUGAAUUAUUGUGAGUCAAAGAAUCUCCAUGGCUACCUCCUGUGCACAUCUGUGUCUACAAUGCAGAAGCCUUCUUUGCUCCAAGAAAGUGGCUAGUACCUGGCAGUAUUACACCCAAGUACGCCAUUGCAUUAGAGUUAGAGGGGUACCCACCAAAAUACUAGAUGGAUCCUCAAUUUUUAAGGGGUCCCACAAAACAAAUCUGGCUAAACAAAUGCAGAAACAACAGGUUUUCUCCUAUAGCGACUUGGCUGCCAAACAACUGGGAACCGGGGCUAAGGAAAACAAGGAUGUUGAGGAAACAUCUUGUACUGAUGUUGUAGCAUUGAAGAGCCCCAUGUUGCCCAUCAGGGAUGCUGUGCUGGAAAGCCAGGUGUCAUUAGAUCUGGAUGCAGCUGCUGAGUUUUCAGCAUUAGAGGUGAUCAGUGAUGAAGAGGCUGUCAGUAUAUCUAUUCCUUCUGCCAUGCCUCCUGCCUCCACCUCUCUUCAAGACUAUGUGGACCAUUCUGAGACGCUCAGCAAACUGGUCCAGAUAGGUGUUAACCUGUGGAAGAUUGAACAAAGGCCCAACGUGGGGUCAAUGCUACUGAGGCUCAACUUCAACACAGAUGUGGCCCCAAGGCUGCUGUUCCUCAAAGAGAUUGGGGUGGAGGACUCUCGCUUUGGCUACAUCAUAACGCAAAACCCUUUCAUUCUCACUGAGAGUUUGGAAAAUCUACAGUCUAGGGUGAAUUAUCUGAAGUCGAAGAAGUUCAGUUCAGAGACUGUAGCAUCGAUGGUGUCCAGAUCUCCGUAUCUGCUUAACUUCAGUGUGAAGAGGCUGGACAACAGACUGGGGUUCUAUCAGCAGCAACUCAAACUCAGUGACUCUAAUACACGGAACAUUGUAGCUCGACUACCCAGAUUACUGUGUGGCAGUUUGGAGCCUGUUAAAGAAAAUUUAAAGGUGUGUGAGAUGGAGCUUGGCUUCAAGGAAAAUGAGAUUCAACACAUUGUCAUUGCUGUCCCAAAAGUCCUGACUGCUGAUAAAAGGAAGCUGACAAAAAUAUUUGACUUCCUCCACAAUAUUAUGAAGUUGCCCCACAACCUGAUCGCCAAGUUCCCACAGGUCUUCAACUCCAAAUACUUGCGUAUCAGAGAGCGCCACAUGUUCCUUGAGUACCUUGGUAAAGCUCAGUAUGAUCCAGCUCUGCCAAACUACAUCUCCCUGGACCGCCUUGUGUCAUUGCCUGAUGAGCCUUUUUGUAAUGAGUUAGCUUUGGCCACACUGGUAGAUUUUUAUUUGUUCCAAAAGACACUUUGAUUUUUCAUGAUAGGACCUUAUCAAGGACUUUAGAAAGCUAGGGGCCAAGCACACAGAAUGAACAAACUGUCUAAGUUUUAAAUACAUUAUUUGCUUUGUAAUGUGAUUGUUAAUAAAUGCUCAGGAUUUAUAUCUGCUGUUCUGACUGAAAUACUGCUUAUAUUUCUUUCAAAAGUAUUUUAAAAUAUCCUAAAUGUGAUGAGAAAGUGCCUGUAAAAGAUUUAGGGGCUGAUAAUGAAUAUAUUAUUGAUCAUUUAUUGAAGACUGACUAAUUAGAGACGAGGGUCAGGUCUCACUUAGAAAAAAAUACUAAUUAUACAUGUAGAUGCUUAAUACGUUACAUUUACAAGUUGAAUAUUAUGCUUUUUACUCAAUGGUGACAAUGUUGAUGUAAGAUAAACAAAAAAUCGGCAUUUACAGGUUGAAGCAUUGUUAUACUGAAGAUUGUAACUACCCAAAAUAGCUACUGAAAAAAAAGAAUUCUGAUCAAAUACAAUAUACAAAAACAACACUGAAAAGGUUAACUGCAUAAUGACCAAUUUCACUUUAAAUCUUUGAGGUUAAUUUUGAUACAGUUAUUAAACUGGUUAUU